AGGGUAUAAAUGUAACCAGGUGUGAAGUUGAGUCUCGACCCGAGAUGUCACCCAUCCUUUUUCUCCAGAGAUGCUACCUGUCCCGCUGAGUUACUCCAGUACUUUGUGUCUAUCAUCGGUAUAAAGCAGCAUCUGCAGUUCCUCCCAACACAACUUUAGCCAUCCAUGUUGCAGGGUGACGUUGACUGAAGAUGGCAUCACGGUGAAAAGCAGCACAGGUGGGGCUGGAUCCACUGGUUGAGGAUUGAUCCACGGUGGAGAGAGGGGAUGAAGAACUGCGAGCAGUGGAAACGAUGAAGAAUUGGACGAAGAAGAAGAUGAGAUAAGAAGGAGUAAGAAGUUUGUGUGUUGACGUUCCACCAUGGAUGUGUUUGUUGAUGUCCCAUCCAAUUUGUCCCACGGUAAAAUCAAUUGUACCACUGAUUUUCUCCACAUCAAGGCAGGGUAUUUUUUCGUGGAAGUCUUCACAGCUUUCUUUGCCGUCCUGGGGAACAUUUUUAUCUGUUUUGUCGUGGUCAGGAGACGAAAGUUGAGGACAGUGACUAAUUUCUUCCUGGUGUCGUUGGCUGUUGCGGACAUGUUGGUGGGCGCUAUUGCAAUUCCCUGUGCCCUACUGUCUGAUCUCGGCCUCCCGGUGUGCAGGUACUACCUGUGUGUCCUCAUGUUGUGCAGCAUGUUGGUGCUGACCCAAGCCUCCAUCUUCGGGCUGUUUGCCGUGGCGGUGGAGCGGUACAUCGCCGUGCUAGCUCCCUUCCGCUACCAGCAGCUGGUGACCAACAGGUCCGCGGCCAUGGUCAUCUUUGGCUCCUGGGCGCUGGCGGUGGUCAUCGGCCUGGUGCCGCUGAUGGGUUGGCGCAAGGCGGCUACGCCCAACGAGACGUGCAUCUUCUACAACAUCAUUGACCAGACCUACAUGGUCUACUUCAACUUCAUCCUCUGCAUGCUGCUCCCACUGCUGGCCAUGUUUGUCAUCUACGCCAAGAUCUUCACCGAGGCCCGCAGGCAGAUCAGGAGAAUAGCCGAGAGACACGUCAACAUCAGCGUGGAGGAGAAGCGCCGGAGGGUUGUCCGGAAGGAACUGCGGACGGCCACCUCCCUCUUCAUUCUUCUUUUCUGCUUCACCCUCAGUUGGAUCCCUAUCCACAUCCUCAACUGCAUCGAGCUGUUCUGCCCACAUUACCACAUCCCGACCCCUCUCAUGCUCGCCACCAUCAUCUUGUCCCACGCCAACUCGGUGGUCAACCCCAUAGUCUACGUCUUCAGGAUAAGGACCUUCUGGGAUGCGUUCCGGGACCUCUUCCCUUGCCUGGGCGUCUUCAGCAAACACUUCAAGCCCGACUUUACCGGCAUCCCAUUGGGCAACAGGUGUGAUGUGUUGCCGGGGAACUGAGGAAUAGGGGUGGAUCUUCUGGGAAACUGUACAGCAUGAAGAUGGGUCCAGAUCCCAAACCUUCUCCAAAGAUGCUGCCUGAUCGCUGGGUUUAUACAGGCAUGCAGCGUUGGAAACAGGCCCUUCAGCCCAACUUGUCCAUGCUGACCAAGAUGUCCCAUCUACAACAGUUGCACCUGCCAACAUUUGGCCCAUGUCCCUCUAAAACUUUCAUAUCUAUCCAUGUACUAGAGGCAGGAAACAUGUUCCCGAUGUUGGGGGAGUCCAGAACCAGGGGCCACACACACAGUUUAAGACUAAGGAGUAAGUGCUGGCUCAAAGGGACUAAUGGCCUACUCCUUCACAUUGUCUAUUGUCUAUUAUCUACCUGUCUGUUCAAAGGUGUUGAUGUACCUGCCUCAACUACCUCCUCUGGCAGCUCGUUCCAUGCACCCACUGUGUGAAAAAGUUACCCCUCAGAUUCCUAUUAAAUCUUUCCCCUCUCACUUAAAACCUAGUUGUCUGGUUCUUAAUUUCCCUCGGGAUGUUGUAAGUCUACGAUGUUCCAGAUUUGACCACCCCCUCUCUACACACCAGGGGCGAUUUGCAGAAGACGAUGAACCUACAAACUCGAGUGCCUUUGGGUUGUGGGAGGAAACCGGGCAGUCGGAGGAAACCCACGCUCUUUAUGGGGAGUUUGCACGUUCAUCGUCUUUCUACCUAUGUUUUAUCCAGUGGGGAGAUUGAACGGGGGGAAUGGAGAUGUGGGCCAGUGGCCUCACCAGCUGUACCAAGUUAGUCCUUAGCCAUAUAGUCUUUGGGACACACUGGGGUUAGGAAGAUUCAUAAGUGAUAGGAGUAGAAUUAGGCCAUUCGGCCCAUCAAGUCUACUCCGCCAUUCAAUCAUGGCUGAUCUAUCUCUCCCUCUCAACCCCAUUCUCCUGCCUUCUCCCCAUAACCCCUGACACCCGCACUAAUCAAGAAUCUAUCUACCUCUGCCUUAAAAAUAUCCACUGACUUGUGGCCCCCACAGCCGUCUGUGUGGCAAAUAAUCCCACAGAUUCACCACCCUCUGACUAAAGAAGUUCCUCCUCAUCUCCUUUCAAAAGGUAAGUCCUUUAAUUCUGAGGCUGUGCCCUCUAGUCCUAGACUCUCCCACUAGUGGAAACAUCCUCUCCACAUCCACUCUAUCCAGGCCUUUCACUAUUCAGUAAGUUUCAAUGAGGUCCCCCUCAUUCUUCUAAACUCCAGCGAGUACAG